AUGGCCGCUGUUAUUGGGCGGUUUGCGGCUGUGGGUGCCAAGACAGGUGGAAAAUUUGCCACAAAAGCCGUAACAAAGAAGGGUGGAAAAGGUUUGGCCAAGGGCAUGGGCAAGAUGGGGAAAAAGAAGGGUUUGAAAAAGCUCGUCAGCGGAAAAGGUGGGAAAUUUAAAAAGUUGGCAGAAUGUCAAGUAAAAGAUGCAAUCAUGGAUGGGACUGAUGAUGGUGGUGAUGAUGACGAAGGCCCUGAAUCUGGAGAAAAGCAUUCAAAGAAACCCAUUAAAAUUAAAUCGCCAGGACGACGCCACAAAUCACCUAGCAGUAGCAAAUCCAAAAAAGGUUCUAAAAUGAAAAAUCAUGCGAAAUCAAAGGCGCAUGCGUCAUCACGUAGGAGACAUGACACGGACGAUGAAGAUGAUGAUGACACGGAUUGCGGUGGGGAAUUCGGCGACUCCGAUGGAGAAGUAUCCGUAAACAAAGGAAAAAGCAAAAAGAAGGGUAAAAGUGGUGACUACAAAACAAAGUACAAAAAGGAAACAAAGGACGGAAAGAAGGAGGUGAUCAAAGACAAAAAAGACAAAGAAGGGAAGCGUAAAAAGGACAGAGAAAAAGAAAAGAAAAAGAAACGAAGGUCAAGGGAUGACUCCUCUGAUAGUGGGUCCGAGGAUAUGAGAAAAUCAGAGAAAAGAAAAGGUAAGAAAAGUGAUAAAAAGAGAGCCCAAGAUUUUUCGGAAGACACGUGCUCUGACAUGAGCGAUUCUGAUUUGGAAAAUCGUUAUAAAAAGCAUCAUAAAAAGGAUAAAAAGGCGAGAAAGAUUGAUUCGGAGGACUCUUUGGAUGCAAGUGACAUGGAAUGUGAAAAUAUGACUCAAAAGGGGAGGAAAAAAGACAGAAAGGCUUUAUCAAGAAAAAAGAAGGAAAAGCACAACACACUAGAUGAUGAUGGUGCAGCUGAUGGAGGGAAGGCAUGGAAAAGAAGGAAGCGGGAACGUAAAAAGGAUAAGAAAUCUGGAAAGUAUGAAACGUUGUCAGAUUCUGAAUUUACUUCUUCCCAUGACGCAAAGCGUCACUUCCCUAGGAAUCAAAGAGCUUCUCCCCAUCCUCGAUCUUCAAACACAUCAUCAUCAGAAGAAGAAGUAUGUGUCAGUCUACGUGACGUACGCUUCAGAAAAAAAAACCGUAUGGAUUAUGGCAGGAGAGAACCCGACGAAUCUGACUGCUGUUCUCAGUAUACAUCACCGCCAAUGCACAUAUCCAUGCGUGAAUUGUGCCAAGUCAUAAAAGAGGUCUCCAAUGCCAGUGGUGGAGUUGAUGUGAAACGGUUAACGAAGUCACUAGCUGAGCGUGCAUACCCAUCACCAAGACUGUCGCCAUCCAGUGUUAAUGAGACAAAGGAAAGGAGACGGGCAGAUGGAAGUAGGAAUGCAGCUGGUGAUACCAAGCAGAAUCUCACAAAUUCUAAUAAAGAAAAGUACAAACCAAAGAAAGAAAAACAAUUGAGAUCCCUCCAAAAGGCCAAUGCAGAGGGGAUUUCAACACCAUGGAUUGAGCCCCCUGCCCAGACGGAGACUCCAAGUAGGGUGGAGUGCCCACCCAGGCCGGUCAAUACCUGUGAGGAACUCGUUGAUCGAGAUUUCAACAUGAUGUUGUUUAAGGUGGCCAAGGAACUUAUCAUGGAUGAAUAUCAAAAGAAGAAAAACUGCGAACCUGAGGAAAACGACGAGUGGUUGCGGGCUUUCGAGAUGGUGGUUAAAUUCGACAACGCCAAAGACAUUAGGGCCGCACAAUUGAAACACGAGGAGAUGAAGCUAGAAUCGAAAUACCUCAAGAAAGGACAAGCAAAACACUUUAAGCGAAGUGGACUCAAUGGUGGCGGUGGUCGUGGUGGAAAUGAUGUCCAUCAAAACGAAGCCACGGUGCCCGAUGAUGGAGAUGGAAGAGGAGGAGGCGCUGCUGAGGGAGAGUGCCGACGUAGGAGCAAACUUGAUCAUCUCUACGACCUAAUUUACGCCUUACGAGGUGCUCCAAGAAAAGGAGGAUGGAAACGAAAUCAGUUAGCUCUACCUUCGAAUGUUGGUCAAUCCGCUGCUACCCAGCUAGUACCCGUCUAUUUGCCAUGGGAGUUGCCUCAAAACGACCCCUAUGGCGCAUACUAUACAGACAGCUAUGGGUACGAAAAUCAGGGUUAUUAUCAACAAUGCUAA